CACUGACGUCAUAAAGAACAGCGACGCCGCGCCAAUACAAACAGACUGGGAGGAGACGUCCAAGAUCAAACAUGCAGUCUCCAGCAGUCACGGGGCCUGUUGGCACCAUGGCGGGGAAGCAUGUUCAUCACGACUGGAUGUUAGAUCCGAAAAGACACCCACGGCGCAUGUUCAGACAUACAAUGUCCCACGUCAAAGAUCUGUCGACUGAUGAGCCGGUUAUGUACAAGACAUACUGCAGGAUGUGUGAAAUGAAACAGCCCCGCAAAAUCAAGGUCACCAGUCCACCAGUGCCUAAAGAGAAGGUCGAAUUUAAGCUGCCCGCCGCCCCUAAGCUCCCUGCUGCUCCCCAUCACGAUCACCUAAGGUGCCAGUGCUACCAGAAGUCUCUCAAGGUUCUCCGGGACAUCCAGCACUCAACCACGCCCCUUGGUCGGGACAGAUUCAGCUACAUGCCGGACAAACUGAUGAACAACGUGUGGGCCAGCUACGUGAUGAACGAGCAGACACAGCUUCCACUGUCCACCUUGGUGGUGCGCUGGCAACUACGGCGCUACAUCCCCAGCUACGACAUGCGCGAGCUCCACACCAUCCUGUCCUGCUUCGGCAGCAUCACCAGCAUCUAUCAACAGAGUCCCAACAGCGCCAUGGUCAUCUUCGACGACAUCUCCUCGGCGUGCCGGGUGAUGCAGACGAAACAAUUGGGGCAGCUCCGGAACAAGAUCCACUGCAGCUGGUGGCACCGUCUCAUGACCAACAAGAGCUUCUACACCGGGAAGAAGGGCGUCAGGGUUAAAAUGGACAGAUUUCUGAAACUGCUGAAUUAGUGUUUUUCCUGUAUGAUAUGUCGUUUUGUUGGAUACAGAUAUAUAAACUAUUCUUGGCUGGGCAUUGGCACACCGAUGAACGCAUUAUAUAAGUAGGAUGGUGGCAUAGCCCAGUGGUUAAUAUGUUGGUUCGUCACGCAGAAGACCUGGGUUGGAUUCCCCGCAUGUAUAUAGUGUGCGAUUCCCAUUUCCACCAUAAUAUUGCUGAAAUAUUGCUGAAAACCCAUGCCCACUAACUUGCUCUUUAUUCAUGUUACUUAAGUCUGUGUUACAAAGGCAAACUGUAGCGCAAAAUAGGGUUGCGCAACACAGAGAAAAUGACCAGUCUUCCUAUAUGCGAGCUACAUAGGAAGACUGGUAAUUUUCCCCUCUGUUGCGCAACCCUAUUUGCGCCACAGUUUGCCCGUGGUCACAGUAAAACAGUUAUGAUGGUAUUCCUGCUACAAUGUUUUGUGGAACAUGACUCUGGUUUUAACUUUCUAGUCAUCCGUUGGGCGGUUGUGUAAGUUGAUGUAAUCUCAUUAAAAUUAAGACUUGUUUUCUAUACAACACAUCUGUCCCUUUAAGGACUAAAGAUCUGACCUUGGUGAGUCAGUGUAUCCAUUAACACGAAAAGAAACAAUGCUGUUGAAAGUACGAUUUCCUUACAUGUUUAUGUUUUCCUGAUUAAUUGUAUUGGCUAUAUGUUUAUACUGAUGGUCGGAACUCUCCGGCUUUGCACUAUGUGUGCGUUUUAACGAUAAAUGUUUUGCUUCCAUUAGCAAGCACAUCUUCACUUCUGGCUUUUCCUAGCAUAGUUUAUACCAUUGGUGGUACCUAUAUCUCCAAUGAUCAUCUGACGACAGCUUUUGAAAUCGUGUCUUGAAUCGUUACUGUAGUGGGAUUGCAAUUUACUGUUGUGACAACUGGGUUAUAUUUUACCAAGGUACGGUAGUGGUAUUAUAUACUAACGUAUUUUGAUAGUAGGGUUGUAAUGUACCAUGUUGCUUUAGUAGAGUUGUAAUUUACCACGUUCAGGUAGUACGGUUGUAAUGUAUCUUGACACGGUUAUGGGUAGAAUUUAAAAAGUUAUAAUAGCGGAUUUGUAAUUUACCGUUUUUGGUAGUUUGGUUGAAAUUUACCAUGUUACGGUAGUAAAAUUGUAAUUUAUUACGGUACGUUACUAGGGUUGUAAUAUAUCACUAUUCUGUAACGGGGAAGUAUGUUGCACAGUUAUGAAUUUGGAUUUGUAAUUUAUCAUGUUACUGUAUUAUAGGUUUGUAAUUCAUGGGGGGAGGCUAGUUCGGUUGUAAUUGAACAUGUUACGGUAGUAGGUUUGUAUUUCACGAUGGGACGCUAGUUCGGUUGUAAUUGAACAUGUUACGGUAGUAGGGGUGACAUUUACUAAGUCAUGGUAAUGACGUUAUGGUUUACGAUGUUCUUUUCUUUGGGACAUUAUUAGGCGUUAUUCUUCAACAACGCAAUAUUUUUUAACUGAUUUGGAAAGAUUUGAUCAUUGGAGAUAUAGAACCAUCAUAUGCAGAAUCGUUAAAACAUUGGAGGUGACCAGAAAGGAAGUUUGCAAUUAUUUGCGUAAUAUGCCGUUUGGAAGAAGAAAAAACUCUGUCCUGGGCCCCGUUCCUCAAGGCAAUCGUAGCGCUAUACGACUGUCGUAAGUCAAUGUUAAAGUAUGGGAGUUACGAUCAUCUUAGCGCUACGAUCCCUUUGUGGAACGGGGCCCUGGGUCCAGUUUCACUAACGAAUCACAACACUACGACAGUAGUAACUCGUAUAGUUUAACAUAGACUUGCGAGAGUCGUAGCGCUACGAUCGCUUUGUGGAAUGGGACCCAGAUUUGCUAGUUAGGGUUUGGUGUUUAUGUCAUAUUUUAACAUAGGCCUUCAAGAUAAUGAUAAAAUAUAGAAGACCAUAGGCAAUUUUAAUGAAUCGACGGUUUUUAAUGAAUAUCUUUUUCAUUAUUUCGUGUUUCUUCACAUGUUCAUCACGUUUACGAAUAUAUUCGACACAUCCCUAGAAUAUACAUAAGUAACGAUUUUGGUAGUGUUGCCAUGUUUUUCAGCAACUAUGAAAACGCACGUUUGUUUUAUUGCAGGUUCUGUUAGCCCAUUGUGUUACUACUAUUCCAUUGUGUAAAUCAGGGUAAGAAGAAUUACAUAAUAAAAUGAUAAAUGGA